GAGGGAGGGAAGGGAAAGAGGCCAAAUUUAUCCUUAUAUCAGGAACCCACUACCUCAGAAACUAACCAGUUCCCCCUAAUAAUGGCAUUAAUCCAUCCAUGAGGGGAGAGCCCUCAUAAUUUAAUCACCUCCCAACACUUUUGCAUUGCAGAUUAAGUUUCCAAAACGUGAACUUUGGGUACACAUUCAGACUGGAUUGUGAGCACAAACUGGUGCCAUGGCACAGCUCCAGCCCAAAGGCAGUCUGGAGGUAGAAUUUCCUUUUCCUCAGGGGACCUGUCUUUUUCAACUUAAGGCUUUCAACGGAUUGGGUAGGGCCCACCCACAUGAAGGGUAAUAAUCUUUAUUCCAAGUCUACUGAUUUAAAUGUUAAUCUCAUAUAAAAAAUACAUUCACAGUGAUAUUUAAACUGGUAUUUGACCAAACAUCUGGGUACCAUGUUGGUACAUAAAAUUAACCAUCCAAGUAGAAAGGCCUGGAACAGAGCGCUCAUUGCCCUCAGAAGGAACCAACCUGCAGAGAACUUGGACCUCAGAUUUGUAACCUCCAAAACCAUGAGACAACAAAAAUUUUCAAGCCACCCAGUCUAUGGUACUUUCUUACAAGCUAAUACAUUGGCCUAAAGACCUCCGGUAGGGAGUCAAGCCUAGAGGUAAGGAACCUCCACAGGAUUCACUAACUUCCUACCAGUCCCCUUUAAUGCAAUGGCUGCACAUCUCUGGCUCCCUGAGUUCAGUGCACAUUAGCAAAGUGAUGCAUAUGCAAAGCAAAGCGCAUGGCACUGUGCCAAAAGACUGGCUUCUCAUCCUGCUGUGCUUUAUUUCACAAUGCACAUAGAGAUGAUUCUCGCUCCUUUCACAUAGGUGUAGUCUUCUCUCUAGCUUAGAUGGAGCAGGAUCAAGGACAGCAGUACAGAGGAGAAGAGCUAGUUCACAGCCAAUUACUAACAUGAAUGUGCACAAAGAGAGGGGAGGAUGAAAGCAUGUUUGCCUCCUUGCUCAGCAUCACUGAGGACCAUGAUGUGGGUUUUAUAUCUUACAUUCUUCUUGGAAAGAUGGUAUGAAGAAAUAAAUUUCAGAUGUGUAAGGGAAAUGUGUCUUUAGUGCCUGCCCCUCAACUUCUACGUUUGUGCCUUUUGCCACCCCUUCCCACCUACCCCAACCCCCACCACUACCCCAGCAUGGCCAUACUGCUGAGAGCCCCGCUUUUGGCAAGAGAAGGCAGAAUCUGAGGUGGCAAAAACACCCUGCUGUAAACUGGUUUGUUCUGUGUUUCUCUUACCCAUACUAUGUGCAUUUCAAGAGGCUCCUAAGGGAGAAAUUACAUACCUGGAAGGUACAGUUCAAGUCUUGGUCAUCUUUGCAUCAUAGCACCCACCACUGUGCUUGGAGCAAAAGAAAUGACAAUACAUUUUGAAAUGAAAGUGCUAACUGGCAGAAUCCCAGCCCUGUGAGACUAGAUGAGGUUCAUACUCAGUGAGGGUCCUCUUUUAGAUCAGGCAGGAUUUGGGGGGUCCUUUGGAUCUUUUAGAUAGGGGUAUGAGACCCUCCUCUCAAAGGAGAAAUAUUUAAAAGUGUUUUAAAAGUAUAGACAUCCCUACAAAUGGGUGAUGACGUUUGAGAAAAGGAAAGACCCCUAGUACUGUCUCAGAGCAUGCUGGCAGUCAUGGCACAGUUCUUAGUUCUUGAAAUUAGGACCAACAUCUUUGUCACCAAGGGAGCCUACUCAGGUCAGUUGACUAGUACUCCCAGCACCCAUUUUGAAUGAGGCACUGUGUCCCUAAGAGAUGCAGCUCUGACCAAGGCAGACACAGUCCCUGCUACCGUGGAGCUUAGAUACUGGAGAGGAUGCAGUCAUAAAGUACAUUCCUGGUCAGGUAUUAAUUCCACUGUGAUAAGCACUGUGACCACAAAGCAGUUCUGGGCUGACCUGGUGAGCACGUGGUUGGGGGAGCUUAGAGGAAGUGACGCUGGUGUCAGUCAUCUGAAGUGGGGGUGGGGAUUCACCAGGCACAGAUGGAGGGAGAGUCCAGGAAAGGAAGGGCAUCUGCACAGGCCAGAGGGAAAGGCAGGAGUUGGAAGAACUAAAGUCCAUGUGGCUGGUGGGCGGGCAGAAGCGCGAAGUGAAUGUGAGGGAAAGCAAGUGGGUCUGUCAUCUUGGGGUGACCAAUGAGUUUGAGGAACAAGAGUGGAUAAUUGACUCCCAUUUGCCCUCCCUUCCACCUCAGGGUUAUUGGGUUCCUGCAAGUUAUCUGGGAACUGAUCAAAGUUUCAGGGUAAAGAUGGUGGUGAUGAACACCCUGAGGGUCACUCGUCCUGUGUCCCCAUAUGUAUUGCUGUGGAGAAGCUUCCAGAUUCCAAGGCCCAGGCCAUCCUGCAGCCUCUGUACUUGUACUUACAAAAUCCAGAAAUAAGCCUUGCAUCCACUCUGGGAGAGCGUGGACCUCGUUCCUGGGGGCGAUCGACAGUCAUUCAUCAACAUUCGGUGGAGGGACAGUGUUUAUGAUCCCGGCUUAAAACCACUUACCAUCUCUUAUGACCCAGCCACCUGCCUCCACGUCUGGAAUAAUGGGUACUCUUUCCUCGUGGAAUUUGAAGAUUCUACAGAUAAAUCAGCUGCACUUAGUACAUUGGAACGCAGUCAAAUUUGAAAACUUUGAGGAUGCAGCACUGGAAGAAAAUGGUUUGGCUGUGAUAGGAGUAUUUUUAAAGAUUUCGGAAACUUCUGACAGCCCAGUGUCUACUGGAAGGCCCAAGUGCUUCCUGGGCUGGCCCUGGGCCAGAAAGCUGCACCCCGCCCAGAAGCACUGGGCUUUGCAGUCCAGGCCCUUCCUCAGCUCCCAGGUCCAGGAGAACUGCAAGGUCACCUACUUCCACAGGAAGCGUUGGGUCUGCAUCCGACCCCUCCCCACCACUCCCCCAAGCUGGGACUGUGCCCGUAUCUGCAUCCAGAGAGAGAUGGUCCCUGCCCGCAUCCGCGUCCUAAGACAGAUGGUCCUCGAGGCCUGGAGGUGCUUUCCCAACAGGCUGCCGCUGCUGAGCGACAUCAGGCCUGAUUUCUCCAAGGCUCGCCUGGCCUACAUGAAGUGGUGGCUUUGGAGUGCCCGCCACCCCCACAGCCUGUCCGCAGCCUGGUAACCAUGAAAAUUGCCCCGCCAGAGAGCAGAGGGAGCCCGACGCCCAGGCCAUCUGCCUUCAGGUCUGUGAUGAGAAACGGAGUGGCCUGUUCCGUUGUGCCCAGGUCUAGGCCGCUGAGCAGAGCCCCCACUCCCAGGCAGCGUUGUCUCAAUCCUUCCUGGCGGCCGCCUGCUGCCCUGACACCUCAGGCUUGCCUGUACUUGGAAGGAGCCUCGCCGGGGGGGCCAUGAGCCUCUGAGCACACACAGCCUGCUGCCCAGCUCCAAGAAUCAGGCCCUGCCACCACCUCCUGAGCCUCCAGCCCUCAGCAACUUUACCCUACUGACCACAGUUCCACCCCCACACCAGCCACCGGCCCCACUGGGGCACUUCCCACUGCUCCAGCCGACCACUCAGUGAGCCCCAGGUGGGUCCACCUCUCCUCUCCCUUAAAACCCUUCCCUUUCCCUUGCCCAUUCACUCCUGCCUUCUCCCUGGGGACAGAAGGCCUGCUUCUCCCCAGUUUCCGCAAUAAAAUAUUUGUUGUUAAUAA